CUCAAACCUUACCAUCCAAACGACCCCGAGCGAUUCCCCGACCGUGCACUGCCACCCCCCGAUCCCAUUCCACCGGACAUAGCUGAUGACCCUGUCGCGCAGAUCGACGAGAUCCUUGAAACCCGGGUUAUCCGCCGGGGCCGCUCGAAAAAGACCCAACACCUGGUCCUUUUCCGAGGGCAACCCCGGCACGACGCUCACUGGGUCGACGCUUCUCGGUUUGGUAUUUUAAUAGCACGAGGCAACGGGGACGUUGCCAAUGUUUCGGGGGGGGGCUAG